CUCCCCCAACGUCCCAACGGCGGAUCUGAGCUAGCUGCUCAUGCUGAUUGAUUCGCUCCUCUCCCUCCGUAUUCUCUGCCAUUUUGCGAUUUGAAAUCGUGGAGAGAGAGAGAGAGAGAGAGAGAGAGAGAGAGAGAGAGAGAGAGAGAGAGAGAGAGAGAGAGAGAGAGAGAGAGAGAGAGAGAGAGAGAGAGAGCAGUUCAGUUCUUGAAUCCAGGUGAACUUAAUGCAAGGCGCGUGCUUCUUUGAUUGUCUUGUCGAUUGAGUCUCCUCUGUUCUUGAAAAAGCUCGCGUUUUUCUUGCGCGAUUGAUGGCGGCAGGUCAGGGUGGAUCUUUAGAUUAGUUUGGAGCAGCGUGUUGAUGCUGCGGAGGAGGCCUUGCUUGCUGCGAGGCCACUGAUGGGUCGGAGCCUGAGCCCGCUGCUCCGGCAGGAGCUCGACAACCUCGACAAGGACGCUGACAGCCGCCGGGCCGCCAUGAAGGCGCUCAAGUCCUACGCCAAGCACCUGGAUUCCAAGUCCAUCCCGCACUUCCUCGCCGAGGUCUCCGACACCAAGGCCGCCGCCACCGGCCUGCCCCCCGGCGAGUUCACCAUCUCGCUCUACGAGGUCCUCGCCAGGGUGCACGGCCGGAACAUCGUGCCGCAGAUCGGCAACAUCAUGGCCACCAUCAUGUGCACGCUCUCCUCCAGCGGGGGGUCGUUCCCACUGCACCAGGCGUGCUCCAAGGUGGUCCCGGCCAUCGCCCGGUACGGCAUCGACCCCUCCACACCUGACGAGGAGAAGGCCAGCAUCAUCGCCUCUCUCUGCAAACCGCUCUGCAACGCGCUGAUGGGCAAUCAGGAUGGCACUGCGUCCGGCGCGGCGCUGUGCCUGAAGGCGCUUGUUGAGUCGAGCAAUUGGAGGUUUGCGUCCGGUGAGAUGGUGAAUGACGUCUGCCUGAAAGUGGCCGGGGCGAUGCACGACAAGGCGACACGGUCUAAUGCGCACAUGGGCCUGGCAAUGGCGUUGGUGAAGCACAAUGGUCUGAUUGCAGAGGCGUAUGCAAGGUCCAUCAUGCGGUCAGGGCUGCAGAUACUUGAUGGGGAUACAGCAGAGAGCAGCUCCCAGAAACGACUCUCGGCGAUCCAGAUGAUCAAUUUCUUCAUGAAGUUUGUCGAUCCUAGGUGCAUAUCCUCAGAGCUUGGCAAGGUGAUUGAUGUGAUGGAGCAAUGCCAGAAUGACCGCAUGCCAUUUGUCCGAGGUGCUGCAUUUGAGGCAUCGCAGAGUGCGAAGAGCAUUGCGGCACAGAAGGGGUCGAGACAUGAGGUUGGCACAAGCUCAAUGGUUGGGUCCAACUUCCACAGGAAAAGAGAGAAGAGCCCGUGCAGGGGCCUCUGGAGUGCCAAGGGCAGCCCUGCAAGUUCCAGCAUUGCUGCUUCUCCAGUUCAGUUCCGAUCCCCGGAAUCACAGAAUGUGGAUUCAUCCAUCAUGAAUGGCAGUACGCUCACUGAAUCGCCGGUCUCAGUUGGGCAGUCCUCUUGCAACUUUGACCAGAACCGGCGCACAAACAGGAGAUUGUGGAGCAAUGAUGGCGUCGAUGUUUCUCUGAAGGAUGGCUUGUUCAUUCAACUUUGCUCAAACAGCAAGUACUUUGAAGAUGACUUGGGAGAGGUCUGUGACAGUGAAGUAACUGAUGCCAGCUUUGAGUGCACUGACUCAUUUGCAGGAUUUGUGUCACCAAGUCCCAAUGACGCCAUAUCAAGGGAUAAGACCCCCAGUCCCAGGGCUUCUGAAAGGCCGAUCAAUAUUGAUGAUGUGAAGAUAUACACAACACCAAGAAAGCUUCUCCUAUCACUUCAGAGCUCGUACGACUCUGAUUCUGCUAGUUAUGAGGAAUAUUCCAUGGCCAAGCAUAGCAGCUCACCAUCACCAGAUCGUCAACGCAAGGAACUACUGGAAUCAUCUGAAGAGAUGCUAUCACUGCAUUCUUACAGCAAUGCUGAAGAGAGGAAGGAUAAGAAUGAAACCGUUGAUACGCAGAGUGGCAACGGUAGGACCGAGACGCUCUCCAAUGAAGGUAAAUCAGGGCUCUCCACUACUGAGGUUGAGAAUUCAUCCUGCAAAGCAUCCUCUGAAGUUGAUUGCAAAGAGAACAAUGUCUGUGUGACUAGCAGCAGAGGAAAGGCCAGGAAAUAUAGGCCAAAGUUCACUAUUCUUUUGAGCUUGAUCGUGAUCGUUGUAGCAGUAUUUGUUGCACUAAUUAGGAUAGACUGUUAUGAUGAUUCAGAGGGCCUUGUCCCCACUUGAUGUCUGUAGGCUGCAGUAUUUGUGCCUUAGUGUUCAGGUUGUUGUAUUGAUCGUACCACAGUAGAGUGGUUAUUUUUCUGAACUAUUUUGCAGUCAUUUAUCUUGCAUGACUGCUAAGAACUUAAUUAUGUUUGUCA